GGAGUCUCUGGCUGACGUGUUGUUGCCUGGCCAGCUGACAGUCUGUGGUCACUGUCUGCUGUGUACUGCUGCUGUCUGUCUUGCUGCCUAGUGAGCCGCAGUGUCAGGCUCGUGUGUUGCUCCCUAGCCAGCUGACUUGUCUGCUGUUGUGUUGUGGUGAAAGCGGCGCGAGAGACUAUGGCGGGUCAGAAGGGGUGCGAGACGGUGGCCAGUGUGACCUUCCCGUCCUACUGUGUGACAGCUGUCAGUGGACGGCAUGUUGUGGUGGGCGGCGGCGGCGGAGCUGCCAAGACGGGCAUCAGGAACCAGUUUGAUGUCUAUGAACUUUAUCACAAUGGGACUCAGACUGUAGGAGAACGCGUUCUCUCGUAUGACGUUGGCAAUCAUUGCAUCACCAACAUGGUUGCGUGGCCUGGAGCUAUCACCGCCGUGUCUAGUAGAAUGAUGGCACCAGCCAUCUCUCUAGCCAUGGGACUAGAAGAGAGUUGUGUUCUAUUAAAAUUGAAGCCACUGCUGCAGACCGUCAAGAAAGAUGAAAUUCUAUCUCAAGUUCCCAAGGCAAAGGAAAAAGGACACAGCGGCUUAAGAAGAAGAAGAACAAGUGAGCGAAGUGCAGAAGAAGGUUCGACAGAAAAAGAAGAGAUAAGAGAGGAAAAACGGAGAAAGAAGUCACUCAAUACAACUCUGCGUGGAAAUAAGUAUUUUUCGUUUGAUGUGGAGAAAGUCAACUCUGCAGAAACAGUUGUCAAGAAGAAUUCUGAGAACGAAUCUUAUCAGAAGUGCUGCGGGAUAUCCUCGGACUACAAAUUUUUAGUGACUGGAGGAACUGAUGGAUACCUGAGGUUUUGGAGUUUGCCGGACAUGAAGAAAAUUAAGGAGAUAAAAGCUCAUGAAAAGGAAGUUGAUGAUAUAAACAUCAAGCCAGAUGGCAAGGAGCUGGUGUCUGUCUGCAAGCCAACCCGAGAGUGUUGCGUCUGGAACGUGAAGGAUGGGAAAAAAUUUACACAGGUAGCACUACAGACAAAUGGGGUGAAAUAUAAAUGUUUUCGGGCCAGAUACGGGAGCGUGGAGAGCAACCCCAACAAGACUCGCCUCUUCACAAUCAGUAACCCUGUUGUUGGGACCAAAAAUCCUGCAAUUGUUGCCAAAUGGUGCGGUCGAACUUAUACCCAAGAACGGACGCAGAAUCUGCCGGGCUCGUUGAGUAGUCUAUCCCUCAGUGAUGAUGGUCGUUUUCUUGCAACUGGGACGAUGAGUGGGACAAUUUACAUCUUGAUUGCUUUUAGUUUACAGCAACUACGUACAAUAGAAGAUGCUCACAGCAUGUUUAUUACGGGGUUAGAAUGGCUGCCAACAGAAAACAAGGAAUCACAGAUGGUGCGAGGAUUCUCUGAUGCCUCUGUUCUCUCUAUUUCUUGUGACAACUCCCUUAAAAUAUAUCACAUUCCUAGGCAAGGAAUGGUGCCUGUGUGGGUGGUGGCCAUCCUGGCAGCUGUAAUAUUGUGCUGUGCAUUUCUCUUGGCCAACUUUCUAGGACUUUAGGCAAAUAACUUUGUUAGAUCAAUGUUAUUAUCAAUAUUUUGGAGUAAAUUUAUAAUUGUACCUGUCUGUAUAGUAUUGUACUUUUAAAUAUAUAUUUUUUGUUAAGUUAUUAGAAAAAGAAUCAAAUGUUUAUACCUGUAAUUACAGAACACUUGCAUGAAAAAACAUAAUUUAGUUUAAUUUUCAGUAUUAUUUUUCUUUGUCAUUGUGUAUGACUACACCUGACUGCUUUGUGCCUGCCUGCUACUCUUGCAUGCAGCCACAAUAGUGGCAUUGACAUUGUCAUAUUACAUUUUUUUGUUUACAAAAGCCGAGGACAGAGGUUUUUAAUAUAAUAAUCUCGGGUGUAACAGAAAAUGAGAUUUCAUAAAGCACUCUCAUUGUCUCAUUUAAAAAUUGUAAACUAAAUAUGAAAAUUCUAUAUAAUAAUACUGUACUCAAUACUUUACAGUAUGUGGAAAGUCAAAGGCAAAAUGUUGAUUUUCCGAAAGAGAUUUAGAAGCAUCCGUGUGAACCCAUCAGUCUUCAUUGACAUGUGACAUGUGAAGCCCACUUGUAAGAUUCCUAAAAUGUGAUCAACCUUCUGUGAUUUUAGACAUUGUGUUUUUACUCUUGCUUUUUUUCUCCAAGGAUGUUCACACCUGUUACAAAGCUGUUUUAAACUGUAAUGAGAUGUGUUGCAGGUAAGCCUCUAGGCAGACUAAAGCACAACCCUCACAAGUGAAGAAAAUAGUACAUUGAUAUCAAAUGUGUGUUGAGAGGGAGACAGUGAUGGGGGAAGGUGGUGUGAGUGCUCACAGCUGGUCCUUUGGGUCUGCCACCUGUUUCUUUGGUGUCGUGUCGAGUGAUGAUGUUGGCACUGAGCUCUUAACUUAAUACAGUAUCUUGGAUCAAAUGAAUAUAAUUGAAUUGCUUAAAAGAAUUAAGGAUUUGCAGCAGUUUUUAGUAUGUACUAUACGUUAUCAUGAAUUCAGAAGUCACUACACUUAUAAACACGGCACGUGUUGUAUGAUAUCGUGCGUGUGAAGUUGUGCAGGUGUACUUAGGAUGAGUCUCGGGAAAGAACAUGAGUUUCCUUUGCUUAGUCGGUGUUGAUGAACGCACCGCUUGAAGCAGCCGUCCCAGUCAGAAGUCGAGUAACAAUUUACCUAGUAUUUAUAAAUGCCAUUAUGCAAUGAAAUAAUUCUGUAUUCAUUGUGUGCCGAAAAGUUUAUUGGUUGCAGUAUUUACUAUUGUGACAUUUUCCCCAAGAAAGUUGAAACUAAUAUUGUCUACUUCCCAUGCAGUAGUGAGAGGUGAGAACUUUUGUCUAAUUUAACACUGAAUUUGUCUUUUGGAUUGGCAGAUAAAUUUUGAGGAGCUAAUUAUUUUACUAUAGAGAAAUUACUGUAAAUUGCGUUUUAUUUAAAAUGUACAUGGGGAUGUUCUAUUAAUUCUGUACCAACAUUUCCUAACAGUUUUUCAAAAUAGUUCAUAAACAGAAUCAUUAUGUGCAAUAGAGAUAUUAGGUUUAUGGAAAUAAUGGGCAAUUAAGUGGUGAAGGGUUGACUUGCGAGGGUGAGGUACAAGUGCCUCCAUUAUACUGGGACUCACGUUUUUCAAUUAGUGGUUUAUAUUAUAUUGAAUGUUUAGUUUUGUAUGAUUUAUCUGAGGCAAGUGUAGAGGCUUGAUUCAAUACUAUUUGUUUGAAUAUUAUUUUCUGUUGUAAAAUGUUGCAGCCAGGUAAGGGUAAGAUGAUUAUCAGGAGAAAGUGUUAAGCCAGUACAGUAUAACUGCACAUGGAAGUGAUAGGAGGAGGAAGUCGAGAAAUGGUGCCCAAUCACUUUGACAAUUGAAGGGUGAUCAUUGUAGAAAAGAACUGAUAUUUCAGAAGAACAUAAAUUAAUGUAAUAUACAGAGAAUAAGGCACAACAAUUUGGCUGAUAGGAAAUAAUGCAACCCACACAUUUUGGCUGCAGCUUGCUCCCUCUACCAGGUAUCCAUCUAUCCAUUUGUAACCAGUCUCUCUCUCUUUUCUUGAGUGGCAUUUUCUUCUGUUUUGUUAGCUGCAACGUUGUCUUUGCAGGCUCUCGGCCCUGUGUUUUUGCUGAAGGUUCAGUGGUGCAGGUUUUUAAACCAUGGUGCUGCCUUUGGCUUCUGCUCCUUCCUCUCGACAGUUUCCCCAUUUGUAGCAAAUGGGGUCAGCUAGUUAGGUUGGAGAUAAUUUUUGCCCCCCCUCCCCUUUUGGUGUCUUGAUUUUUGGGUUGGUUGUCUUCUCUUGCUCCUUUGGCCAUUGCUGUGUGAUUGGUAGGCGUCUCAUCUAUACUAGUUCUCCUGUCGCACUGCUAGUUCUUCAGUUCUUCUCGCCUUUUCGGUUUUCUCCAUCUGCCCUUGCGCAUGACCCUGCUUGGUCUGGUCCUUCUUGUUUUGGUGGCAGGUUCCUUCUGGUGUCCCUAGGGACCACUUCUUGGAAUGUCCCUUAUCUUCAAGAAUUGUAGGACUGACCAAAUACUGUAUAUAAAUUUGGAGAUUAUUGUAAAUUUCUUAAGUGUGAAGUGAAUCUCAAGAACUCGGCACCACUGAAUUGUUUGGUACUUUCUUACUAAUGCAGAUUAGAUGAACUUUAUUGACCACAGCCUUUAACUUUACAUAGCCCCAUAUUUUUGCAGUAUAGUUACUUGCCAAUUUUUGGCGAGACUUUAGUUUUUGCUUUGACCUAAAUAUGUUGGUGACUUUUAGGCCUCCUUGUCAUUUUCUCUCUUCAGCUACAUUCUUGCUGCAGGCGUUUAGAUUAGCACUGAUAAUUCAUCUGCUUUAUCACAUCACUGCUUCCUAUUGUGCAUGGUAAUUAUUAAAUGGAGUAGAGUGCUUCAUAGUACACAUGUCUGUGCGAGACAACCUACUCCCAUCUAAUGCAUACAUAAAAUACCCGGUCUUAAGGCCAAAUACCAUCAUAAUAAGGUAACUGGCGUAGAAAAGUACACAAGCCAAAUAAAACAUUAAAAUAGACAAAAUGGUAAAUUUUAACUAUUUAAAAACCUUAUUUUCCUUCACUUUUCUUGCAAAUUCAGAUUUUCUACUGUGCUCAUUUUAUCUUGCUGGAGCCUUACAAAUUGAUUAUGCAUUUCAGAAAUUUUCUUUAGAAAAGUUGUAUAAACAACAACUAACAUUUUUUCAAUAAAUAAGGUGCUAGUAUUUAUAAUGUUUUUUAAGGAGUAGUAAAUUGUUUUUGUGGCUUUUCAAGAACAAUUCAUUAAAUUAACUUUAAAAGUUGCAGGAAAAAUAAAUAGCAGAAGUGCUGUGGAUUUUUGUGGCCUUAUUCUUUCUGGUCGACCACGGAGUCAUGGCAUAACUUUGCGGCCGUUUUCCUUCUGGUCGACCAUGGACUCGUGACACAACUCUUUGGCCACGUUUCUUCGGGUCGACCAUAGAGUCAUGGUAUAAGUUUGAGGCUUUGUUCCUUUUGGUCGACCAUGUGUUCAUGGCAUAACUUUGUGUCCGUGUUCCUUGCGGUUGACCACCCAGUCAGUUUAAUUUUGUGGCUGUGUUCUUUCUGGUCAACCAUGAAGUCACACAUUACUUUAUGGCCAUGUUCCUUCUGCCUGAACAAUGAGUUAAAGUGUAACUUGUUCCACAGUGUGUUGUGAGCAAAUACUUGGGUAAUGUGUUACAAGCAACAGCAUACUGUACAUUAUUUAUUCUAUUGUAGAGUUUAAGUUCAUUAUAUUGUUACUGUUAAUGAAAUGAAUGUCAUAACUGUAUAUUAAAUUGAUAAAAAUUUUAA